AUGUCAACUGCCCAGUCGAUGGCUGCUACCAAUCAGAACUCCACCCAAGGGCCGGUGACUGGCACCAGCGAAACUUCAGGGCUGGACUCGGAGAUUCAGCUUGUUUCAUCGUUAGCAAAACUACAAGAACUCGAACGCAAGAUCCAUGAACUGCGUGGAUUCAUGCCUCAAGGCCUACUAGAACCUCUAGUGCCUAUUGCAAACCCAGAUAAAGUGGCACUCGGCAAUCCAGUCGCUGAAACACCGCGGGUUCUCCGGGCUAGUCUGGAUGAGACCGCACGCGCACGCGUCGCUGAUGUCCAGCAAUUUCAGUCCUUGUGGCGGGAUCCGGAAUUGACAUCCGUAUGGGCACAUGUUGAAUCACGCAUCAAGGAAGCCAACGGUCAGCUUCUUCAGCCGACGGGGAAGUGGGAAAGGGAUUAUGACGUUCUUCUAGAAGAGCUAGCGCAAAAAGAAAAGUCCAAAAUAGAUGAGCGCCAGCGCGAGGACGAAGAGGCUGAACGUACUAAAGCGCAGUCUACCGAGGGCGAAUGGAAGAAUGUUUUGGAGCGAUUUGUUCAGCGGGAUAUGCCCGGUGUACGGGUUAUCAAGGACUUGGAUGAGACUUCUCUAGCAGUAGCACUUGUUAGAGCUGGUGUUGUCUUCCAGGUGAAAGGAGUAUCUUUCCCUGGCUCCCCGAUCUCUGGCUGGGAGGUUUCAAGCAAUAUCGCUGGCCGGUCACCUACGAAACUUGAGAAUGCUAUACUGGGAUGUGUGGAGUCACGCCCACGGAAAUGGGACCUUGCUUUCUUGCUGGAUAUGAUUUCUUCCUAUGCGGAUAUCAAGCAGACACCAUGCGUGAAGUGCAAUCGCCUGACUGAUAACGGCGCCCAGCUGCCAACCCUCCGACGACCUCAGGCGAAUCAACAGUCUGUUGAUGGGCCAGCGCGUAUAUACACCUUUGACGCAUUGCACUAUGGGUGCGCCUGA